UUUUUUGACGUUCAUGGGCGUGUCAACGUCGUCGUCACUUCCGGAAGUGAGUGGUCUUGCUUGCCGUGUUAUGAAGUCCCUGGUUCUUGGUUACGAGAGAUUGGCUCUCAUCGUGUUAGGAGGUGGUUGAUGUUAUUCUUGAGUUGGCCGUGGGCAUCCUUGUUUCCGGGGAAAUCUUGUUUUCCUCCGGCCUUUGUCUCCGGGGACAUUCUUGUAG